CUCUCUUUCUCUCUCUCUCUCUAGUGUAAAAACAAAUGUUUUUUAUGAUUGAUUAUCUAUCUGUGAGUGAAUACAAAGAAAUUUGUACAACACUUGGCAGCGUUGCCACCGCUGCGUUGUCAGCUCAAGUCCGUGUCAUGCCCCUCUCAACACAACCCACCGCAGUUGUUCUGCCUGCUUUAAUUAUGGCAUUUUUGGCAUUUUUUGGUGUGUGUCAGCUAUAUGGCAUAAUUAUGAUAAAAUACGGAGACUGUACCUAUAUAUGGAAUGCCAGGAGCGUCAGGCAAAUUCUGAUGCUGUGAGUCAUAUGCAGGUGUAUGGGUGAGGUUCCGCUGGGGUGGCCAGGGAGUGGGGAAGGAGUGGUCGCUAAGAACAUUAAAAUAGCUGCAGGUAAUUAACGUCUAAGCGAUCUGUCUGAGGUGCUGGCAGGAGCACUUCAUGUCAGUCAUUUUGUCACUGUCGAGAGCAAGGAAUAGGCUGGCAUCUCCUCGUCUCCUCGUCUGCGGUGAUCUUUAACUCUUGAUCAUUCAAGAUUCGAGACUCAUCUUACCACAAUGGAAGCUUCUCCAAAGAUACAGCUACAUAGUCAAGCAAAAGAAAUUAUAUAUAACGUAAACCAGUAUUUUCAGAAGAAGGAGAAUGAGGGUGUCAUUGUCGAAGUAUCAAAGGCUACUUCCCGAACAGCUGCAGCAACAAAAGUGAGUCUGAGGACAUUAUCAAGAAUUUGCAAAGAAGGAAGAGAUAAUGAAGAAAGCAUUGAGUUGCCCAAAUUUAAGUCUCCCAAGAAACGGCAAAGGACAACACCCAUUGCCGAUUUUUUUGACGACUUCAAUAAGGGUGUUCUACGAAGAACUGUUCUCAGCUUCUAUGAGCGAAAAGAUAUUCCCACACUGGAUAAAAUACAUAAAGAAAUUAAAGAAAGCCUUUCUUACCCCGGCAGCCGAGAAACAUUAAGAAAAGUUCUUAAGAAAAUCGGAUUUCAGUAUGCCAAGGUCAACGGAAGAAGGUUUCUAAUGGAACGCAGUGAUGUUGCAUAUGCCCGAUGCAAGUUUUUAAGAGAAAUGAGGAAGCAUUUGAGUUGUGAGAAAAAUAUUGUAUACUUAGAUGAAACCUGGGUAAAUCAAAAUUACACCGUUUCUAAAUGUUGGGUUGACAACAAUUCAGAGAAGGCUGUGGGUGUGAAAGUACCGACAGGCAAAGGGGGCCGCUUGAUUGUUCUCCAUGCUGGAACAAAAGAUGGAUUUGUUUCCGAUGCUUCCCUUAUCUUCAUGGCAAAAAAUGACGGUGACUACCACAAUCAAAUGAAUGCCGAAAGUUUUGAGAAGUGGUUUCAGCAGCAACUUUUACCCAACAUUCAUCCUUCUUCAGUUAUUGUGAUGGAUAAUGCAUCCUAUCACUCUAGGAGAAUAAACACAAUCACGAAAUGGCUGCAAGAGAAGGGAGUACAAGUUUCACAAGGAUUCCUCAAGGCUGAGCUGAUGCAACUUGUAAGGCAGCACACCACGGAUGCAGAUGUCAACAAUUAUGUGAUUGAAAAAAUGGCCUCAGAGCAUGGCCAUACGGUUGUGCGCCUUCCCCCAUAUCACUGUCAGUACAACCCAAUUGAACUGAUAUGGGCUCAGGUUAAAGGGUAUGUGUCAGUGAGAAACAAAUUCAAGAUCGCCGAUUUGAAGCCACUCACGCAUGAAGCAAUUAACAGCAUCACAAAGGAGAACUGGAAAAAUGCUGUUGCACAUGCUGAAAGAAUACAAGAAGAAGAUGCAAGAAAAGAUGUCGUGAUUGAUAAGUUCGUAGAUUCUUUCGUCAUCACUCUAACAUCUUCUGAUGAGGAAUCAGAGUGACUCUG